AUGAAUAAUUUAAAUGACCCUCCCAACUGGAACAUCCUGCCAAACCGACGAGAGCCUGGGGAUGAAGGUAGCAGGUGGAACUACGCCUUGCUGGUCCCUAUGCUGGGCUUGGCCGCCUUCCGUUGGAUCUGGACCAGAGAAUGUCAAAAAGAAAUAGAAAGAGAAAGAAAGGAAUAUUACAAAAAACAUUCAUCUUUACAAAGAGACCUGGAAGCCAAAUACCGGGAUAUAAUCACAGAAAAUCGUCGCACAGUUGCUCACUUGGAGUUGGAGCUUGAAAAGGAACGCAACAGGACCCUUAGUUACCGAGAAGCCCUCGUGUCCCAAAGUCGUAAACUAGUAGAAGAAAGAAGGCUCCUAGAACAGGAGCAGGAGAAGUUAGAUCGAGAAAAACGAGUCCUUCUGCACUCGGGAGCAGCAGGUAACUUGUACCAGAGUUGUUUGGUAAAGGAAGAAGAGUGGCAAAAGAGAGCCAACGUUCUACUAAAAGAAUUUGAAGAUGGGCUUAAAGAAAGACAGGAUAUCUACUGCAGUCUUGUUGUGCCUAGAAGCCAGAGACUAGAAAUAGAGAAAAAUCUGCUAGUUAAAGCAGCAACUGAUCCAGUUGCCGUGGCUCUACAGAUGGAAAGUGGUUUAAAAGAUAUUUUCAAACAUGACAACUACUGUAGCAAUCUGCUGAACAGAAACAAAAGCCAAAAUGGAAAACUCAUGUGGCUGUAUCUGAGAUAUUGGGAACUAGCUAUUGAACUACAAAAGUUCAAGAGGGCGGAAAAGGCCAUUUUAGGAAAACAGUAGGGGAAGUAAUAAGAUUUAAUGUGAUUCACUGCAUAGUAGGAACAAUCACAGUUUAGUCGGAAGCCACUAAAUUCUCCUAUUGUGUUUAUUUCUUCUCCUUGUUGCACUUGUAUUUGCAUGGGACAUGUGCAGUG